AAAGGGUUUUCCGAUGAUCUCGUCCAUCUAUCCGUUUUUCUCUUCACUUUUUUUCCUUCAAUGAGAAGAAGUGUGUCUAGAGAGAGAGAGAGAGAGAGAGAGAGAGAGAGUCAAUCGUUAAGCGGAGAGAGGAAACUCUAUUUGUUUAUUGUUUGUGAUCCGAAGGAUCUCAAGAUCUGAUGCUUUCUCUGUUUCAUUAAGAUACAAAGACAGUAGCGAACUUCUUGCGAGUUCACAAUUGUACGACCAGAACAGUGAGGGGGGGUUUUGGAGAGGUUUAUUAUUACAGCCAAGUGAAGGGACAGAGACUGGUGGUUACUUGAAUGAACAACACUUGGAGAGGUUGGGCCUUGCUGAAAUGAGGGAUGUUAUCAAAGUUAAUGAACUUCCUGAGGUCAUGUUGGAGACCCUACUCGGCUCAUUCGGGUUCAGAUGCCACGGGACGCCAGGACGGGCUUCUGUGGUACAAAGACGUCGGUCAGCAUCUGGCUGGUGAUUUCUCCAUGGCUGUGGUUCAGGCUAAUAACCUGCUGGAAGAUCAGAGCCAGAUCGAAUCUGGUCCUCUGAGUUUCCUUGAUGCUGGUCCUUUCGGCACCUUUGUUGGCGUAUAUGAUGGCCAUGGAGGGCCCGAGACUUCCCGUUACAUCAAUGAUCAUCUUUUCCGGCAUCUAAGGAGGUUUGCCACGGAGCAACAAUCCAUGUCUGUAGAUGUGAUAAAGAAAGCAUAUCAAGCAACGGAAGAAGGGUUUCUAUCCGUAGUUACAAAGCAGUGGUCAAUGAAACCGCAGAUCGCAGCUGUUGGAUCUUGCUGUCUUGUCGGGGUUAUUUGCAAUGGGAACUUGUACGUUGCUAAUGUCGGAGAUUCUCGUGCUGUGCUGGGGAGGCUUAUGAAGGCUACGGGGGAGGUUAUCGCCAUCCAACUCUCAUCUGAACAUAAUGUGGCCAUAGAGUCUGUAAGGCAAGAGAUGCAUUCUUUGCAUCCAGAUGACUCCCAUAUUGUUGUUAUGAAGCAUAAUGUGUGGCGUGUGAAGGGUCUAAUACAGGUUUCAAGAUCGAUUGGGGACGUGUAUCUGAAAAAGGCGGAGUUUAACAGGGAGCCCCUCUAUGCAAAGUUUCGCCUUCGGGAGCCUUUUAAGAGACCAAUACUGAGCCCUGAGCCAUCCAUCUCUGUUCACGAACUCCAGCCUCAAGAUCAGUUUGUUAUAUUUGCAUCAGAUGGCCUCUGGGAGCACCUUACCAAUCAAGAAGCUGUAGAUAUUGUUCAGAAUCAUCCUCGCAGCGGAAUUGCUCAGAGGCUGGUGAAAACUGCGUUACAGGAAGCAGCAAAGAAGAGGGAGAUGAGAUAUUCGGAUCUAAAGAAGAUAGAGCGUGGUGUCCGUCGCCACUUCCACGAUGAUAUCACAGUGGUGGUUGUGUUCUUCGACUCCAAUCUCUUGAGCUCAGUGAAAGGUGGCGGCCCUUCUUUCUCCUUGAAAGGAGGUGGUGGUGUUCAUAUACCUUCUAGACCAUCCACUGACUGAUUAAGCCGAAUCCAAAAUCUGGCUUUUUUUGGUACAGUUCUGUUUACAUUCGAAAUAAAUCACUUUUACGACAUAGCCAUAGCCAAGUAGAUAGCUGUAGAUUCUUUCCCUCUUUUUUCUAACUCUGGAAGAUACAUGCUUCUCCAUGUGAGUUCAAGUUACAGCCACAGGUCAAAGUAGCUUUCCUUUGUGAA